UUGACAAAAUUGUUGGAAAAAAAGUACACAGUUGCGUUUGAAUUUCGCUUAGUUGAUAAAUAAUAACAUGGACCAUCUUCCCAACGAAAUUUGGCUAAAUAUUUUUCAAUAUUUGGAAACAUGGGAUAUCAUCAAUUUUUGUCAAACAUUUCAACAAGUGUCCUAUUUUUUAAGAGACAAAGACAUUGUAAGAGAUUUUAACAUUGGAAGUUAUUUUAAAUUCUACAAUGUUAAUUUAUACAAUUAUAUUGCACAAAAUGUGGGGUAUGAGCAUAUAAAAUCACUAAACAUUAAUAGACUCUAUUGGAUAUCUUUAGAUGAUGCGAGGAAAUUGAUUAAACUUCUCCCAAAACUGGAAGAAUUGUAUGCUCUUGAUACCAGAUUAAGUGUUCGAGAAAAAGAUUUGAAACUCUAUAGCAAGUUAAAGAGACUUGCUAUUUCAACCGAAGCUAGACAAUUUACAGCUCUACCUUCCAUGUACAGCAACAACUUAUUUUUAUUGAAAAAGUUGUGCUUAAAAAUCAUUAUUAAAAAGCGAGACUUUCACGAGAUAUAUUCUUUUUUUAAUGAAUUAAUAGGAUUAGAGGAACUUUGGAUUUAUGAUUCAGAUGACAGUAUUUCGCAACCUAUAAAAUAUGAUUAUAUUGUAUUCAAUCUAAAAUUUUUAAAAAAAUUAGUAAUAAAAACUAAGUUGAAUGUUCCCUUUUUGGAUUAUAAACCUUUUGGCCUGGCAAAAGUUUUUGAAACGAGAAGAUUUAAAUCAAUAACUAUGUGUUAUGUGAAAUGUCCAUCUGCCCAAAUUAUUCCCUUGCGUGAUGUGUCAAUUUUUGAACCCUAUGAAACUGAACUGGAACAUGCAUGGGAUGUUUUGCAAAAGUUUCAUUGUGAACUGCCAUGUGGGGUAAAAAAUUCAGAAACUAUCUAUUUGACUAAAAAAAUUCGUGAUAUACAAUUUGAAGAGCUGAAUUUUUUUCAUAACAAGUGUUUCUGUAAUCCAAUUUUUAUAAAAGCAACAAUUGAUAUUUUAAAAUCAGAAAAUUGUGAAAAUUUGAAAAAACUUAGUUUGAAGUCUUGUGUUUUACAAUGUCGAAAAGACACAAAAGAACAGUCAAUCCAAAGUUUGACAAACAGAAAGUAUCCAUUUGAAGAUGUUGUGUUAAAUUGCAAAUAUUUAACUGAAUUGGAAAUCAUGUGUUGCCAAAACUGUAACAUUACCAUUCUUUGGGGUUUUCCUUUAAUAAGCAAGUUUACUAGAUUGGAAAAGUUAACAAUGGAAAUUCCAGUGCAUCUUGAUGGAAAAUUCUUAAAUGAUAUUUUUGCAAAUUGUUCAGAACUGAAAUCUUUAAAACUUGUAAGUAUGGGUUCAAACGAGAACCUUAAUGUCAAUGUAUAUGAGUCAUUAAAAAAUGCCAAGAAGAUAAGAGAUUUUUGUUACGAAAAUAUUCACAUCAACCUUGACAAAUUAUUUUUGGCUUUGGGACAGAUACCUCAUGGUACCUUGCAAAGAAUCUUUAUCAAAUGUGAGUGUGCAGAUAUCCACUCCCUGUCAUUUCUAAAGGACUUUUUGGAAUAUAAUGAUCAACUGUUAUUCCUAUUCAUCUCUAUCUUUCAAAAUACAGUUGUUGGAAACAGUAGAAUACAAGAGCUUUUAAACAAGUGUAAACAAGGAAGUCACGCAAAGAUUUAUUUUGCCAAAAAAGAUGAGUCUCUAUAUGUAGGUGGUUGGCCGAUUCCUGAAGCUCACAAGGAUUUGCUUUAUUUUGAUACAAAUGUGUCUGUGAUAAAUUUUUUAGAUUUCAGAUGAUUAAUGUUUAACAUUUAUUUUUCAAAUGUUUCUAUUUAUUUACCAUGGAACUGUGUUCGUUUCUAUUAAAUUUUUGAAAUGUGUUUUAUUAUCUUUAUCCGCUACUUUCUAUGCCCCCAAUUCAGUGCACACAUCUGCAGUAAUC